AUGCGGCAAAUUAUACGAACAUUUGCAAUACAUUUCGUAAUAAUUAUAAAUGUAGUACUGAUCUAUAGAAAUACUUCAGCAACUCCUGAUCAUAACCCAUCAUUUGACUAUGACUCUCAACACCACACCGAUAAUCAGAGAACAACAAGAUUUAACGAAAAUGAACAAAGUCAACAAAAAAUCGCUGAUGUUUUGGAUGAUAAAUCAAUCAAUAAUGUACACAUUCAAAUAUUUCUGGUUACUCCAAAUAAAACUCCCACAAACCCCAAAAUACGAACAAAUGAACUUCGUAAUAAAGAAAUAGGCAGUCAAGAAAAUCCCAUAUCACUUGAAAUUGAUCUUGAAAAAGGUACCGUAGACGAAGUAAGCAAUAGCCGCCAUGUGUUGCCAAGGAUCAAUGAUGAAGGAAACAUUGCAACAUUUAUUCAACCGAUUGAUCAAACUAAUAGAAAUAGCAAAGAUGGGAUGCAAUCCAAAAAAUUUGAAGGAUUAUCAAUUGAAGAAAUCGAACCAUUGAAGAGAUUUAAAUCAAAUUCUGAUAAUAUAGCAGCAAUAGACAGAAAUUGGCUGAAAGCUAAUUUUGAUAAAAUGAGUCAAACUACUUUGAAUGUAUCGGAAAACGGAUUUUCAACAUCGAAUCAUAUCAAUAACAUUAAUUCGAAUUCAGCUACCUAUAGAUUUGGAAACUUAGAAUCAAGCCAUAUCGUAGAUUAUUCAUCAUUUUUCACAAAAACUCCAUCUAUGCAAACAACUACACUAAUUUCAGAUUUCGAAGCUGUUUUCAUUUCUCCUGAACAAAUUUCCACUACUACAACAAUUUCUAUUACUGAUAAUGAAAUGCUAUUAAAGCAAACAUCAGAUCAACAAAGUUCUGAUGCAACAAUUAAUUUUAAUCCCAAAACAUUUUAUGAAGAUAAACAUUCCGGAACGUCAAGCACACAAACCGUACACUUUCUUCCUAACACCGACAGGAUUUCAGAGAAUGAAACAGAUUUCAAAAAAACGAUUUUUUCAAGCACUGGUCAUAAUGCCGUUUCUAAGAAUAUUUUACCUUUUGAACCACUUUUAACUUCCACAGUUUCUUUGCCAAAUGCAACACCGGAACUAUUAAUUUUUACUAACAAAAAAAAAUUUGAUCCAGCUCACGUUGGAAUUAAACUAUUACCGGUAUUCGAUGAAACCAGUAGAUCGUCAGGUAUAACUUUGAUUGAAAACAUUACUGAAUCGAAAAUUAAUUCUGAAAAUCGGUCAUUAUAUUUUGGUCCAGCACAUCCGGUUGCUUUCAUUGCGGUAGGUGAUCGAGAGAUUCUGGAUGAGCAAAAGUCACACAGAGAAGCUUCAUCAGUUCUCACAAUUCCGCAUAUUGCAGUUGGCGAACAGAUCAGUGAGAUGCAAGAAACUUAUCCUUCAGAUUCCGCUGAAGAUGAAACUAUGAUUAUGGGAAGACAAUCAAUGAUUGAUUUAUUACAAAAACAGGAUAGUAUUAAUACAAAACGUAUCUCAUCUCAGGAACUUACGAUGGAAUCAGCUGAAAUAGCAGAGCAAACACAAUUCAAAAAGCCUUUUCGUUCCGGAUUUAAUUCAAGAGAUGGAAUAAUUUUACCUGAUCUUGUUACUCAAGGGCAAAACAUUUCCUCGCCGGAAAUAUUUUUAAUUCCAGAACAAGAUUUUAUGGCUUCUCAACCGGAUUACAUAGAACCGAUUGAUUCAGUAAGAACUUUAAUUUCGAGUGAGCAUGCAUCACCGUCUGCUGAAUUUGGAACAAAACGAGGGAAAAGUGAAAUUCUGAAAUCUGAAUUAAUAACAUCGCAAUCAAAUACAAACAAAAUAAAAGUCAAUGAACCGAUCUAUUGUGAUAACAUUGCUACCAAUGAAGGUGAAUGUCCGAUAGUAAAUGAUAAAUCUGAUCAAAUACGAUCCGAUAUAUUAUUCUUAUUAGAUACUUCUCAUAAUAUUACUAAAAUAUACUUUCAACAAGCGGUGAAAUUUAUCAUGGACACCGUAGAACAAUUUAAAAAUAUUGGUCCUGAUGGAGUGCAGAUUUCAUUGGUACAGUUUACACGUGAACCAGUGCUGGAAUUUUCAUUCCGUAAGCAUAAUUGUAAACCUUGUCUUCUUGCUGAUAUUGGUGAUACUGAAUACAUCAGUGAUUUGAAUAGUGUUGAUAAUGUCAUUCAUAAAAUUGUCAAAUAUGGUUUUAGCAAACGAAGAGGUGAUAGGGAUGAAGUGCCGAAUGUACUUGUAAUGGUCAGUAGCGGUAUGUCCAGUGGUCAGUUCCAUGAAGCGUUACAAUUACUUGAUCCAAACAAUAUAACUGUAAUAGUAGUAUCCAUCAAAGAUACAAAUCCUCAAUUGAUUAAACAACUUAUCAGAGACGAGCAUCAUAAUCUUAUCUUCAAUGUAACUACAGUGGACAGUGGUCAACUAGCUGAUCAUUUAGCAAAGCGUAUUCGAACCACUACAAAAGAAAAAUUAGCAUUUUUCGAGAAUAGAAUAGCAAUGGAAAUGGAUCAAUCAGUUCAGGAAUUUACUGUUCAAUGUUUAAAUGAUGGAUUCAAUGUAACAUUUAAAUUACUCAAAUCAUUUGGUGGAACUAUCGUUGUUCGGGGUAAAAAUAUGACGAAAAAUUGUUCAAAAAUUAUUCAAGCUGAACAAUUCGGUGAACGUAUUGACACUCGCGAAGUUCAUUUCUUCAUUAGUUUUAAGCAAUGUAAUAUUGAAGAAAUAAUAUCGGUAAAUCCAGCAGGACUGAAUUAUUCCGCACUGAUCAAUAUAAUUCACGACAAAUGGUUAUUACACGAAUUAACAAAUUUGCGCAUUAAUCAGCGCCCACAAGGGGAUAUUAAAAUAGCAAAAAUAUUACCACUGAAUUCAAUACCACCAUUAUGUAAUUAUACAAUUCGAGCAGAUACACCAAAUGGACCGAUAAUCCAAUAUGCUAAACUUGGCGAUACUAUCUAUCAUAAAUGGGAAUGUGAAAAUAAUCACCAAGCAUUAGAUUUAUACGGAUUACACAUUCAUGAUUGUUAUGCUAAAUCAGAAAGCAAACAACAACAACAACAACAUAUUAUAAUCGAUAGUAAAGGCUGUAUUGCGGAUGCGAAUAUUGUUAACGAUGUGAUUUACUCCGAUGAUAAACUUAUGGCUUUUGCAUAUGUCAAAGUUUUUAAACUUACCAAUUCGGAACAUUUAUCAUUUCAUUGCAAGAUUAGUUUGUGCAUUAAAAAAGCGGAUGGUUGUGAAGGAAUUACACCACCUCGAUGUCCAGGAACCGAUUACAAAGAUUUAUUGAUUUAUCACCGGAAUCCUCAUAAUACGGAAUCUUUCUUGGCUGCGCUAACCACUGAGGAAGAAGUUAGAUUUACCGUUGUUCCAUCAAUGAAUGUUACCGAUUCAGCCUUUUCGCAUCAAACCGUUAAGGAACUCUCAAAUACAAAUUUACUUUGGUUGAUGAUUAUCCUUAUUGCCUUAUCUGCUAUUAUCCUUUUGAUCCUUAUCAGAUACAUUACUAGAAUGAAUAGCAAGGAUGAAUUUAUAGCUUCGGAAAGUUUAAAAAGGCAUAAAACUAUCGAUAACAUUGAUUACAUCACAUCUGCAACAACAUUCGCAAAAUUUUUGUCAAACGAAAAAAGGGUAAAGAAGGAACAAAACGAUGCUUGUCGUAGCGAAUCGCUAAAAGGAAAAAAUAAUGAUGGAGAAAUAAAAACUGAAAUCGUUUCUGUUAGUCUAAAUUCUACUAACGAUGGAAUUAGACCAUCCGUUAAGUAUGAUUCUUCGGAUGGCACUGUAUCAGCCACGGAAUCUCGUCAUGUUCAAUUUGAUCAACAUGAUGGAUCUUCUUGGUCAUUUUAA